AUGGAUCUGAACAAAAUUACGAUAAAAAAUCGUUACCCCCUGCCUCUAGUUCCCGAACUCUUUCAAAGAUUGCGAUCUGCCAAAGUCUUCUCCAAACUUGAUCUUCGAGGAGCCUACAACCUGGUACGGAUCCGCAGAGGUGAUGAAUGGAAGACCGCUUUUCGUACCAGGUUCGGUCAUUUUGAGUACUUAGUGAUGCCCUGUGGCUUGUGCAAUGCCCCAGCAACGUUCCAACACUUUGUGAACGACAUCUUUAGAGACUAUUUAGACCACUUCAUGAUUGUCUAUCUGGAUGAUAUUCUCAUUUUUUCUCCUACCCUGGAAGCCCAUCGCAUACAUAUGCACAAAGUACUGUCUCGUCUUUGA